GAGUUGCUAGGGGACCGGCAUCGCUCAGCCCACGUUUUUGUCGAUUCCCGCGCGCCGGCCAUUGGACAACAAGGGGUGGACUCCCUGGUCAUGCAAUGGAACCCUGGUGGACUCUCCCAGAGUUCAUUUCUGGAGCUGAAGUACUGGCUACGACAACAACCCAUUGACAUUGUUGUGCUGUCGGAGACGAAGUGGAGCUUUAAUUCCUGCUGGUCAGACGACCAAUGGUCAUAUGUGCACUCGGCCUCCAAUGAUCCUCGUUCUGGAGGGGUGCUGAUCAUGAUUGCCAGGCGCUUGGCAACACCAGACUCAAUAGGAUUCCUGGCCUUGGAAGACGGCAGAAUUCUACAUGCCCGCAUCCAUCAUGCAAAGCGGGCUACUGACAUCCUGGCGGUCUACCAGCACGUGGAUUACAAGACCACUCAAUCCCGCAAACUGAGAGCACACUUGUGGGCCAAGCUCAGUGACUAUGUUGGUCAACUUCCACAGCGCAAUCAAUUCAUCUGCAGUGGAGAUUUCAAUACAGCACUGCCGGGAGUGGCUCCAUGGACGGGCACAGGACAUUUUCACUGGCAAGGAUCUCGGACCUGUGGAUCCCAACAUGAGGCGCUCACCACUGCUGUUGAUCAAGCCGUUGAGGAACCAGUUGACCCAUCGACAGAUCCGGAACAGAUCAUCACGCACUUUUUCGGACAUGGUAUCACUGGAGCAGAUAUUGCUCUGCACAGCGAGCCCACCAGAAAGAAGCCAGACAGGCUAGGGCCAGGCAAGAUUGCAGAUCAGUACACAGCGCAUUCCUUGACAGUUGCAUACGUCCGCACCACAUGGCAGGGACCAUCAAGCUUACCACAUUUCAGUGAUGAAGCCCCGGGAGGCCGAAUGUGCUACCUGCAGAAUCAAGCACACCUGUUGCUGCCCCGUCGCACUGGAGAGGCUACGGCGUUGCCGUUGAAAACCAUGGGACGUUACCUGGGAGUGAUUGUUUCCUAUCAUGCAUUUGAACAGCAGACGUGGCUUCAUCGCAAGAAGACUGUACACCACAGCAUGCCGGACGUCCCCAUCGAUGGUGAUGCAUUGAUGACGACACCACAGGCCCCUGCAGCAUCCAGCCAAGCUGCACCUGCAGACCCAGUGAUCAGUGGCAACCGAGCAGAACGGAAUAGUGUGAGCUGUGCCAAACCAGAUGCGAUGACCUUCAGAGUUCGACAAAUGGCCAUGAUUUUCUACACCAGUGAAACUGAGAUGUUCAUACCGCAGCAGUACAACGAGCAGACAUUGCGACUCACACAUCGUGCACUGGAAAAUCAUGCAAGAUUUCAGAUGCUGUUAAAUGUGGUGCUGGACCGAGACUUCAGCCAUCUUUGGCAUACGCAGCAACUGAACGUGCUGAACAACUGCAGAUCCAUUUUGCCUCGAACUGCCCCGUCCUCCAGCAAAUUGCCCUUGUGUUGCAGCCACUCCAUGGACGAUCAGCUGAUGCUCGACCAGUCGGAUACGGAGCUCCUGCAGUCUUUCCAACAUCUGGGACCCCUUCUGAUGCAGGCGAGCCAGUACAUGCGGGAAAAAGACGAAGAGCCACUGAACAAGAAGCUCAAGCAGGAACCCGUCGGCGCAGACAAGGCCGCUCAGCCACACAACCCCCAGAACAAGGCCCUGCUCACACUGAUCCAUCACCUGGCCAAGGUGGUCCUGCAACACGAUCGGGCCAUCCAGAUGGAUCGCAGACAGGACUCCUUCGUUAUCUUUGCCCAAGUCAGCGCGGAAGGAGCCCUCCCACUGCUGACGUCGAAGGCCAAAGAGUGGAAGGACAUGACGGAGAAGACCACCACCCUCCGCACCUUCCUGCUGAAGCACCUGAUCCUGGAGCUACAACAGAGGGCCAUCAAGUUGUCUCAGAGCACACAGGGGACCCAACUGUGGGACGUGGCAGUCACCAAAGGAGUGAUUCUCCAGGACGGGUCGUGGCCGUUCCAACAGUGGUGCCACACAGAGAAGAAGCUCACCAAGUCUCAUCGGGCACCGCUGCCCAUGAGCCGCAUCCUGAAGGACCUCCAGUUCAUAGUGGAGCUCCUGACCGACAACGAUCAUGUGAUGCGCUUCCAUUCACUGAGACCUCAAGCCAAUGUGGUUCCCUGGAUGCUCCAGAUCAACCUGCGCGAGGACGACCUGUGGCGACUGUUCCACCAGCUGAGUCAGUCCACCCUGUGGGGACUCCUGGGCCUGAGUCUCAAGCAGCACAACCAACAGGUCAGCAAACCAGCGCAGUUACUGGAUCAGCUGACCAACAUGCAGGGGACACCGAACAAAGGACUGAGUAGAGACACAUUCACCCUGACAGAUUGGGGACGCCAACAUGACUUGUUUCGUGAUCUCCUGCUGGAACUCAGGCCUCAGCCUUUUAAUUUGGAUGCGCAACUCUGGUUUCAGGGCAUUACCCAGAACUGGGAUGAAAAUCGAGGCCAAGCAGAUUCAGCAGAGUUCACAAGCAUGCUGUUGCAAUGGGUUGCACCAUCCUUCCUUAGCUGCCACUGGCAACGCAGGCUGAUGGAAAAUGAAUGCGUGCGGGUACAUGACCAAGGUGACAGGUAUCAACCACCCACGUUGCAACUUGACCCUUCACACAGCACAGAUGGUAUUGCACGCCUGACCGACAUGCUGAGGCGAUGGCACAACGACCUGGGCAUGUAUGCUGGCCUGCUGCAAGCCCCAGAAGUCCUGUGUGUCCACGUGGACCGAUUCAUCUAUGAGGGUCAUGGCAGAGUGCGCAAGACAGAUACUCCGGUGUUUUUCGGAGGGCCCAUUGACGUGCCCGUUUUUACAGAUGAUGGACUGGACUGCACAUGGGAACGAUAUCAAAUGACUGCGGCGUUUGCACACCAAGGAGAUGCAGCCACAGGACAUUACCAGGCCCUGCUGCGCACCCAGCCCAGCAUCCGGCAUCCAGACGCCGACACCUACUGGCUGCACUGUGAUGAUGACAGACCGCCACGGCCAUGCCGAAUGCUUCCUCACCAAUUCCAAGAGGGAGUGACAUGCAUCUGGCUUUGCCGCCAGGAUCUCAUAGACCUGCAUGCAUGGGAAGAGGAUUUGCUAACCACUCCUCCCGGACAUGCUCAGAACCAGGACCAGCUAUUGAAGCUCCUGCAACAGCCAUGA